UACAGCAUCCACUUCCUGCUCGAGAGCCUGCUCCACCACCUACCUGGGACUGGAGAGGGCGAGGGAGGUCUGAGCGGCCCAAGGUGGAUCCCGGAGAGCAGAGCCAGCGACCACCCCCUGGGCCGUCUGUCGGUGGCGAUCUUAGAAACUAGAAUGAAUCGAAGCAUUCCCGUGGAGGUUGAUGAAUCAGAACCAUUCCCGAGUCAGUUGCUGAAACCAAUCCCAGAAUACUCCUCAGAAGAGGAAUUGGAACCACCUGCCCCCAGUACAAGGAACAUGGCACCCAGCAGCUUGUCUGUGCUCCAGUGCCCUCCCCUGAAACUCGCAAAUCACCAGCCUGUGUCACAACAGGUCACCUGCCUGCGAGCUAAAGUCCUGGAGGAAGGUGAAGCCAGUUUCUUUAGAAGGCACCCUGAUCUUGGCAAAGAUAUUCCCUCAUGCUCCUCUGGAGCCAGCGAGCCUGAGUCUCAGUCUGAGCUUGGAGCCCUCCCUCCAGUGCAUCAGUUCACACUUAUGGAAAAACGCAACAGAUGGCUAGGAUCUCAGCUUUCAGCAGCUUCUCCUGACACUGGUCACGACUCAGACAAAUCAGACCCAAGUUUACCUAAUGCUUUGGCAGACUCCUCCAGUGGUGGCCAAGAGAUGAUGCCCCGGCCCCGGCCCCGGUCUGGGCCCCACAGGCACAGGGCAGCCCCAGAUGUGCCCACGAUAGACACUGGCUAUGAUUCUCAGCCUCAAGAUGUCCUGGGCAUCAGACAGCUGGAGAGGCCAUUGCCCCUCACCUCCUCAUGUUACCUGCAGGACCUCCCUGGGCCUCUGAGGUCUAGGGAAUUGCUGCCUCAGUUUGAACUUGAGAGGUAUCCAAUGAACGCACAGCUGCUGCCUCCCCAUCCUUCCCCACAGGCCCCAUGGAACUGUCAGUACUAUUGCCCCGGAGGGCCCUACCACCACCAGGUACCACAUGGCCAUGGCUACCCCCCAGCAGCAGCCUACCAGCAAGUCAUCCAGCCUGCCCUGCAUGAGCAGGUCCUUCCCGGGGCAAGGCUGAGAGGCCCGCGCCCUGUGCAGAAGGUCAUCCCGAAUGACUCCAGCCCCCAAGACCAAGAAGAGAGACCUGCACAGAGGGACUUCUCUUUCCCGAGGCUCCCAAGGCAUGGGGACCAGCUCUACCGCCCACCAUCUAACGGAGCGGAAGCCCCUGAGGAGUCCCUGGACCGUCCUGCAGAGCUGAGACCACAUGGUCCCCAGGUUCCAUCCCUCGCUGCCGUGCCUAGACCCCCUAGCAACCCCUUAGCCCGAGGAACUCUAAAAACCAGCAAUUUGCCAGAGGAAUUACGGAAAGUCUUUAUCACUUAUUCUAUGGACACAGCCAUGGAGGUGGUGAAAUUUGUGAACUUUCUGUUGGUGAACGGAUUCCAAACUGCGAUUGACAUAUUUGAGGAUAGAAUCCGGGGUAUUGAUAUCAUUAAAUGGAUGGAGCGCUAUCUUCGAGAUAAGACAGUGAUGAUAAUCGUAGCAAUCAGCCCCAAAUACAAACAGGAUGUGGAAGGCGCUGAGUCGCAGCUGGACGAGGACGAGCAUGGCUUACAUACUAAGUACAUUCAUCGGAUGAUGCAGAUUGAGUUCAUAAAUCAGGGAAGCAUGAACUUCAGAUUCAUCCCCGUGCUCUUCCCAAAUGCCAAGAAGGAGCAUGUGCCGACCUGGCUGCAAAACACUCAUGUUUACAGCUGGCCCAAGAAUAAGAAAAACAUCCUGCUGCGGCUGCUCCGAGAGGAAGAGUAUGUGGCUCCUCCCCGAGGCCCUCUGCCCACCCUCCAGGUGGUACCCUUGUGACGAUGCCAGCCUGUUCUCACAGCAUUCUUCUAGCUGAGCUGGCUGGUGGCACCCAGGCCCUGGAGCACCUCUUCUGCAGAGUCCCCGGCCUCCUGAGUCUGAGUUGUCCUCGCUGGGCUUCCGGUGCUGCCCAGAUGCUGCUGCAGGUGACGGAAACAAACACCUAUGACCACAGAAACUCUCAUCACUUCAGCUACUUUUAUGAGUCGGUCAGGUGCUCUGUGGCGUCCUUAGACCAGUCUGAAUCAUGCUCAAAUAAUAAAAUGAUUAUUCUUUGUAA